AUGAAGGAAUACCACACAUUUGCCAAGCUGAAAACACAUCUCCUGCAGGUGACAGCGUGUCGCCAUAUCUUACAAGCCAAUCGACAUCGAUGGCAGCCCAUGCCCGGAGCUGGUUCUCAACUCAAUGCGACAAUGGAAGCUGCCCAUGAUGGACUCCUGCCACCAUUGAAGGUGCAAGGCCCGCUCCUUGAACAACCUCAUGGAAGAGCAGAUGAGGACUUUGACCAGGAUCUCUUGGAGAAGAUCUUCCUGGACAUUGUGGACGCCACGACCAUUGCCGAGUGCGAGAGAUUAAUCAGGGCAGCGGCUAGAGCGAAGGCUUUGUCAUGGUCGCUCUUUCAGGCGACCUUGGAAAGGUUUCUGGAGAUUUUCACAGAUGAAGAUGCGGCAGUUUUACAGGUUCCAGGUGAGGAGAUCCGACAGCUCCUUCGCACUUUGAAACUUCCUCAGGCAUGGGAUUUUCUGACAUCAGAAGGACGCAGCAAAACCUCCCCGUGGCACCAAGAGAUCGCCGCUUUGGAACAGCAUUGUCUGCACGAGAUCGAAGGCCAAGGGGGGCGCCACAUACCCUCCGGAGCUCAUGAUGACCAUCGACGCAGCCCUGGUCCGCGCGUUGUGCGCACCUUGGAGGAGAUAUGGGGACUUUGCUCACUCUCCUUGCGCGAGCUCAGCCAGGUCACCAUCGGGAAUAUCCUCAUGGGUUUUCAAUUGGUUGCUAUGGCAGCUUUGGCGUGCACGGGAGGCAUUGCAGCCGUUGAGCACCCGGCGGAGUCGCCCAACCCGGAUGAUGCUUCCAUCUGGCGCACGCCGAUCAUGCAGCUACUGCUCUCGCUUCCUGAGUGCGAAUCCAUCACCCUGGCACAAGGACUAUGGGGAGCGCAGUCGUCAAAGCCAACGACUUUAGGUGUGCUGAAUGCCCCGCAGCUUAAGCAAGAGCUGCAUAGUGGGCGCAUCACCAGCGAGUUACCAAAAGGUAGCUCGAUUGGAAAAGACGCCUCGGGCCAGUGGGCAACUGCCCGUCUCAAAGAGUAUCCUCCCGGCUUGUGCUUAGCCCUGGCCAGAGGUUUCCUUAGAGCCUUAGGUGAUCUUCCCAUCGACCCUGAUUUACAGGUCUCCCGGCGUCAUCGUGACAUCUUUGACCCAUUAGUGUGUUCCACUUACGGACAAACCUAUGGGCCGGACUUUGCCGGUUGA